UCACCUUUUUUUGCGCCUUCCACCAUGUCAAUCUCCGUUCGUUGUUGAUCGUCGUUGUGGUCCUGCUAUGUCUGCUGUGGAACCGAACGCACCGGAGAAGCGCAUGCGCGUUAUUCAACGGUAAAGCGCGAGGGAAAGUUCAAUAUUUCAUCCUAUUAUACAUCCUUUUUUUUGUUGUUACGUCAUGGGCGUGCACAAGCCUGUUUUGCAGCCCUUCGCGGGAACAACAAGCGUGUUUCUAGUGCUACUUUCUCAGCAUAUCCUCGCUAGUGCAGUUUCCGAUAUCGUGAACAACUCACGAAACCGAUCCGUUCCGUAUGCACUAAUACGUCACAACCAAAUUCCCAUCUUCACCAACACCAGCAACGUUCAGCCAAAAACCGAAUUACGAUACUUUUCCGAUAUUAACGGUCUCCCAAGCAGUAGCUCCAGGAGGGUAAUGAGGGGUGCAGCAUAGUAACGUCCUUUUUCUUCCGCCGGACCACGUCAGGAAUGCGGCCCGCGGCGACUUUCAGGGGGUUCAGACCGCUCGUGUAUCCCGUUUACGAUGAGGAUCAUGAAUACGGGGAUUAUAUCGAGGAAUGGGACAAGAACGAUUUCAAGAAGGCAGACAGUAGACGUGCCUCAAUAGCGAUACUCCUCCUCACUGUGAUCGGCACUAUCUCUUGGCUCCUACUUGGGACUCUGUUUCGCCGAUGAAUGCGGGGGCGAUGUGCCGGACACGCCGACGACUGACCGAUGCGCGCCGUGAGAGGCGGAGAGGUUUAGGGGAGUCACUCCCCAGCACGGUGCUGGCGGGUGAGACAUGCAGCUACGUAGGCAGGCAUGCGCGGAGAUUGGCGGCGCCUCGCGGAGAGCUAUGGGUGAAGGGGAAGUCCGCGCAUGCGUGGAAGCGAAGGUCUACACGAAUUGGCGCGAAUAUUCAGGUCGAAGUCGUAGAAGAAAGGCCAUGCUUGGGCCCGAAGUACAGAUUUUACGAAGGGUUGUUUCACAUGUUUUACGUUUCGACACGAUAUCUACACAAAUGUGACUACAGUAAAAUCUGUAACACAGACGGAUUUACGAUCAGUUCGACUUCCCUUCGCGCCAGUUUCGCUUACACAUUUAUAACUACCGAACUCUCAGUUUCUCGUUUCUAGAAGAGUUGCGGUCUGCGCCUCAGCUGGAUUGCGGGCGUGCUGCUCAUGGCUGCUUCGCAGUCCUUCGCGGGUUCGGCGUGCGCGCUUCUUGUGCUACUUUCUCCGUUUAUCCUCGCUGGUGCAGUUCCCGAUAUUGUGAACAACCCACGAAACCGAUCCGUUCCACAUGCGCCGAAACAGCACGACCGAUUUCCCAUCUUUUCCAACAUCAGCAAUGUCCCGCCAAAAACCGGAUUGCAAGACAUACCCGCUAUUGACAGAACCGCCAACAGCAGCAGCUCUAGGAGGGUAAUGAAAGGUUCCGGGGGAGGCGGCGGCGGACACGGAGGGGGAGGCCGCGGAGGCAGCAGCAGCAGCAGCAGCAGCCGCAGCAGCAGUCGCAGCAGCAGCCGCAGCAGCAGCCACAGCAGCAGCCGCGGCAGCAGCAGCCACAGCAGCAGCAGGAGCAGCAGCAGGAGCAGUAGCAGCUCCCCGUGGCAGGGGGAGACCCGCAGCGGCAUCAGCAUAGUAGCGUCUAGGUAUUUCCGCCGCACCACGUCAGGCCGUCGGCCCAAGUCGACGUUUAGAGGCUUCAGACCCCUCGUGUAUCCCGACUACGACAAGGACUACGAGUACGACUAUAUUGAGGAAUGGGACUACAACGCCGAUUAUGAUGAUAAGGCAGGCAGUAAACACGCUUCAAUGGCUACACUCACUGGAAUCGCCACCAUAUUUCUAUUGCUACACAUGCUUGGAUAAUUAAUGUCGAGAAGCCACUUCGUUGCUACCCAUAUUGGUUGAUAUUGUAUUGUUUACAUCCCUCCGUCCACAUUCACAACGGAUUACCGGUAUUACA